GUAAACAAACCUAUCUGCCUGGGACUGCGAGCCAAACAAAGCGUAUGCGCUGUUUGACCGUCUUGCAUUUUUAAUGGGGAGGAGGAUGACAGUCGAAGAGGAGACACGUCUGCUGUCACCAAUUCAUUAAAAAUAAUCGCUCAAUUCAACGGAGAGGCGACGGCGAAAUAAGAGGACGACUUUAACCUGCAGCGACUGUCGACAUCUGCGCAUGAUGCAUUGCAGCACUUUUGAGAAAAUGGGUGUUUUUCGCCUCAUUCUCAGAAUAGAGUAUCUGAUCCGAGAUGUCGGUGGGGUUCUUUAGCUACCGUGUCGUUUGAUUGUGCUGGACUCGAAACAACAAGCCGCCCUGGCGACCUGCACCAUGGGGCCCAUCAUGCAGGAGCGCACAGCAUCCACGACACUGAAACGCGUCGUCUCCAAAGAGAAGAUUCGGGUGAAAUAUACUGAAAACAGCGGACCAGUAACCAGUUCAAAGAAAGGUAACAAGAUGAAGAAAGCAGUGGGCCAGAAAAAUGGCCUCCCAAGUCCAGGUCAGGAUAAGGACACAGUGUCAACAGUGCAGAAGGGUGCGCAGUCCAAAGGUGUCAGGGUCAAAUCUGGCUCUACACGCAAUACAAGCAAACUCUCCAGCCCUGAAGAAGAUGAUGUGAGACCACAAAUCCGCAAACAUUUAUCUGGGCACAGGAAAGAGGAGCAGCGCGAAAACAAACGGGUGCCACAGUGCAGCAACGAGCUCCACCCGAAUCGUGGGGGAAUGGGGAAAAAUCGACGAGCCCUCUCCCUGCCUCUCUCUCCAAUAUCAGGGCUACGACACAUGCCAGCACACCCCCUAACACACUCCCCAGCCCCCACUCCAGAGGCAUUGCAGCAGCAAUACAACCAGAAGGAUGAUGACACUGACAGUGCCAGUGAUCUGUCUGACUCUGAGAGGCUGCCUGUGCUGCCCUCUCCCUGCACACCCUGCACUCCUCCUCACCUCAACCUCCGGGCCGAGGUCAUCAACACUAAUGACUUUCCACCGGACUUCCCAGGACCUCACGGGGCUGUGUGUGAUGAAGAUGAGAGAGAAAAACCCAGCUACAGUUACCCAGACUUUCUGCCUCCUCCCUUCAACAGCUGGAGCCUGAGGCAGCUGGCAGUGUUUCUUCAUACAGAAGGCCGCGGCGCCCCCAGGCCCAAGCCUGUGGGGCACUUAGAGAAGUACCUGGAGAGGCUGCUGCAGCUGGAGUGGCUCCAGAUCCAAACGGUGCAAGCGGAGAGCAGCCGUCCACCUGGGAGCCGCACAAGGCCACAGGGCUUCCCCUCCGCCACCACCGCUCACCCACCCAGGCCUCACACGGCUCCACCAUCCCGACUAAACUCCCCUAAAGGGCUGCGGCACAGCCAGCGCGCCUUCCCAUUUACACCCGUCAACAACCCCCCAUCGCCUGCUUCAACCCAGCAACAGCACUCCCGCUUUCCAGUUUGCCCUCACUGUCACAUUCGCUACCCAUUGUGCAAUGGAAGCUGCUCUGCCUACGCCUACCAGCGCCACUCAAGGCUCAGCCCACUGCUUGAGCGCAGAGCCAGACCUGGAGCACCAGCAAAGAGGAGCAGCAGCGAGACCCGGGCAACCUCAACAGAAGGUAGGAGCCCAGGAGCACAAGGCGGAGGAGCCCAGACCCCAGUUAGCCCCUCAGCCGGAAGGAGUCAUCUCAGGCACAUGCAGGCCGCAGGCAAUGCCCGAAAGCAACCCCAGGAAUCUGGAACUAACCCAAACAGCAGAGGUCAGGUGAGGAAAAGCCGAACAAGAGCUAACUCCGAGACAGAUGUUAAGAAGGAGCCUUGUGGCAGUAAAACAGCUGGUGCAGAGAAGCGUGUUUUUGCUGCAAGUAAGAGAGAGGUCAACACUUCCAAGAGAGCUGAGAAGGACUGGCAGAGGACAGAGGUGAUGGGUCAGGCCUCUAAAACUGCCAUGAAAAGAGCUGCUAAAGAGCCACAGUCUCUCUCCAAAGCUCCGCUUAAUAGUAAGCAGAAUGGCAAAACAAAAAAUGUGCACUUUGUUGCAAAGUAACCCCUAUAAACAUACUGUAUAGUGCUUUACUUAGUGGUUACCUGCUACAGGAGCUUGAACCUAUGCUUGCUUUCUGUGUAAUCUGUGUAAUACUAACAUGUUGUAACCGUUGUACAGCAGUCUAAACCUGUCAGUGGUGUACAGCCUUCAAAAGGUCAAAACUAACAAGAGGUUGAGCAGCAAAAAUAGAGAUAAAACAGCAAUGAUUUCAAAACAUAUUAUGACACUUAAAUAGAGCAGAAAUAUACACACUGUAUUUUAUUCAAACUGUACAGUAAGUAUACAGUCAUAAUGUUGUGACAGACGGCUUGUUACGACCCGGAGCACUUUCUAAACACAGCUUUCAUGUAAAUUGAACUCUGCUGCACUGCACAUCAUCAUCUCUCCGUAUACUACUAAUGUUGACGAAGGCAUAAAAUAAGCAUCUACUCUACCAUUGGACAGCUUUCAGCAAACCAUAGUGAAGUUUAACAGAUCAUUACAUUUUAGUCAGCAAAUACUACCAUAGCCGUUACUAGUGCAGUUUGUGAUGUAGGAAUGUAUUUGUUUUCUUACUUUACUUGAUGUUGCAUUUUAUAUUUUCUUUGGUGCCUCGUGUUUUAAUUCAGACAUUUGUUCAAUUAAUGCAUCUUCGGCUGAAAAGGAGGAGGCGCAGUAAGUGGUGAUGUACUGCAGUGAUGUAAUGAGUUUGACAUAUUUGUGCAAUGGUUUAAAAUUUUUGGUUCUAAGGGCUUUUCAUGUUUGAACAGCUUGAAUUGUAGUCUCUGAUAAUAUGCUGUAUUUUGCAUAGAGCUGAGCUCUUUCUAUCAUUGAAGACAGUGUAAUGUUUGCUACGAAUGUAAAUGCAUAUUUUUCCAGAUUUUAUAUACCAUAGUUAUAUUUAUGGAAAGUGUUGUGGUUGACUUGUGAUCAUUGUCAUUGUCAUUAUUAUGUUUACAUUGUCAUGCACAAAAGCAAAAUAUUUAGUCAAAGCUGAAUGUAACCUAAUGUCUACUGUGCUGUACCAUCUGCCCUUCCCUGUAAUUCAGUGGAAUUUCAACACAACAUAGCUGUUAUGCUGGUAAUGUUAUACAUAUCACCUCCAUAUCACAUUGCAUACUUGAAGUCUGUAGAGCAUUGUGUUUACAUUAGAGUGUCUUAUCUGUUUGCUGUGAUUUACCAUGGGGACUCUACAUUGCUGUAAAUAAUGUGAUAUGUAUUCAGAUUGCACCUCUUAAUAAUCAUGUAAAGUAACAAAGCCAUAGAUGGGGGGAGGUGUUAUUAUAAAAAUGUACAUUAUGUCAACACGCACGCAGAAAGAUUGUGGUAUGUAUUUUCUCAAUGUUGAAUGCAAGUAUUUGUAAGGCAUAGAAAUAAAUG